AUGGAAUCCGGCGGCGCAUCACCAUUUCCGACCACUCCUCAGACGUCUACACCGUCCGGAUCCAAGCUGAAUCCCAAUGCACAAAAAAAGGUCAAAAUCUGUGUCUAUUGCGGCUCUGCACCGGGAAAGAACCCCGAGCACAUUGAGGCGGCCCGUGAGCUUGGCAGAUUAAUGGCUGAAAACGACAUCUCUCUCGUCUAUGGAGGUGGCACUGUCGGGCUCAUGGGCGAGGUGGCCAAGACGAUUGUGGCCAUUUCCGGUCCGGACGCCGUGCACGGCAUCAUCCCCGAGGCGCUCGUCAAGUUCGAGCGAGACUCGACCUACGCCGGCAAGCAGGAUGAGCACGGCCACUACGUACCGGAAGCAGAAGUCUACGGGCGAACAACGGUGGUACCAGACAUGCACACUCGCAAGAAGAUGAUGGCUCAGGAGGUGCUAGAAGGUGCGGACGGGAGCGGCUUCAUUGCGCUGAGCGGAGGUUUUGGCACCAUGGAGGAACUAUUCGAGGUCGCCACGUGGAACCAGCUCGGCAUUCACGACAAGGGCGUAUGUUUACUCAACAUUGGUGGCUUCUACAAUGGGCUGCUGGACUGGCUGCGAAAGGCUGUAGAGGAAUCUUUCGUUCGCCCAGCCAAUGCGGAGAUUCUAGUAACGGCCGAUACUGCCGCAGGCGCAAUCAAGGCUCUCAAAGACUACAAGGUGUCGCAGUCUAGGUACAACUUGACUUGGGAAACUCGGUAA